AUGAAGGAGCGAGCACGCCCGCUGGAGCAGCAGCAACAGCAACAGGGCACCGUUCGGAGCCUGCUUUAUCCGGCGGUGAUGCCGUUUGAGGAUCACUGGGCUGCGAAUGGUGGUUUUGCGGCAAGGCCAAAUCCAAGACGCCCAAACGUGCAACAGCUAACAUCUGCGCAUGGGACAUUUCAGCUACCGCAAGAUGAGCACACCUGUAAUUUCUAUCAUGCAUCACAGGAAAGUGCUAAAGUAAUUUUUUCUACAAUCUACAAAAUUGUCUAA